AUGUCAACUGCUGAGCUAAGAGCGAUACGAGCAGCGAGAAGAGUCAGAGGCAAAGUACCAGCGGAGGAUGCUCAACCGGGUCUGGCAGCUCCAGCAAACCCAGCACGUUCAGUACAACCGGCAUCUAUCGACGGACAAGAACUGGGCCAAGACGGCCUAGCAGAAGGUGCGGAGGAGGAUAGAAACACUGCUGAACGAGAAGAAGAGGAAGAUGACCAAGGAGGACAAGUCAACGAAGCAAUCGAUCUAAUCGGUGCUGAGUCCGACUCGCAAGAUUCUCAAGAAGAACGACACACCAAUGAUGGUCGGUAUGAGGAAGACGAAGAUGAGGGAGGAGAAGGCAGAGGUGAAGAACAAGAUGAACCAGAUCACCCAUCCGAUUCCACUUCAGAUUCUUCCGACUCAUCCUCAGAUAGCAGCGAAACUAGCUCGACAUCAUCAGAGGAAGGAAGUGACAAAGAUAGUUCUGAUUCAAACUCUUCAUCUUCAGACAGGGAAGCGAAAGCAAAGAGAGUGAAGAAACUCAAAGCGAAGUUGAAGAAAGCAAAAGCUAAGGUGUCGAAGAAGAAGGAUAAGUCAAAGAAGGAACGUACAACUAAGAAGAAGCGAGACAAAUCUGAUAAACUAACAGAACAUAUACCAUUAACCGUAUUAUUUCAACCUUUUGUGAACAAAGAUAGAGAUGAAAGUCAGAAGAAAAAGAAAGGAUCGGCAGUCAAGGGAGGAGGUACUUUAGUCCCAAAUCUGGUCCAACAGGCAAAGGACAGAUCAGCACGAUUCCACGAGUCAAACUUCGGUGAUUCAAACCCCUAUGCGUUAGGAGGUAAACUUCAGUUCAAAGACCCUGAGACAGGAGAAAGGUUGUACCAAGCAAAUCAAACAGGGAUGCAAGUGAAUCCACAAUUCGGAGACAUCAAUACGCUAAAACAAAGGAGAACCCCAAGGGACUACGGGGUACCUUUCAACAGCCAAAUGACUACGAACCACCUUGGGAUGAGACCAAUCAUCAGAAUGCCUAUGGCUCACAACCCAGCCCUUCCCCAAAGGCCUGCAACGGCUCCGAUUGUUAGGGGAAACCAAAGUUUUAGAGGUGGUAGCGGUGGUAACCAAGGGAGAGGUGGACCAUCAAGACCUAGACAUGCAGGCCAUUCUUUAUUAUACACUUUCACUACUGUCGUUCCUAUUGUUACUUGUCCUACAAACUUUUUGGAAUAUGAACGUUGA